AUGAGUUCCAGCGUCCUCGCUACCAUUGAGCUCGGCCAGCUAGAAACCGGCACUGGAAAGCCCGUUGUUAACAUCGCCUGGAUUGCAGGCGAUAACCCAUGCAGGGAUCAGGACAAAUACACGCCGAUAUCGGCGGCUGGACAGAAUCCGUGCGGCGUCCACUUUACGCUGGAGAACGGGUUCACCUACUAUGAGACGAAUUGCGGCUCUUCGGCGAUUGAUCUUUAUUAUGCGGAUGGCGCGUUCAACUCCCAUUGCCAGCGGAAGAAUUGGCUGUGCACGAAUCAGAAUCAGUACAAUAUUAGACAGACAUGGACCUGUUAUUAG